CAGCAUUCCAAAGACUGGCCAACAUGAAGCUUCCACUGACACUCGCCACAUUCAGCUCUUUCACUAUAUACGUUCUUGCCUUAGGUCGCGCCAUAGUCACAAACCAAUGUGACGCUCCCAUCUACCUCUGGUCCGUCGGCAGCACCGUCAGUAACCGAACCACUCUUCCUAAAGACAGCUCGUAUGGUGAGCUCUUCCACACAGACCCCAUCUCCGGAGGAAUUGCCCUGAAGAUUACCUCUACAUCCGGUGGUAUCUUCACCCCUAACGCCAGCCAACUCAUCUUCGCCUACAACAUGAAUGACAGCUCUGUCCGGUACGACAUGAGCUCCCUUUUCGGCGACAGUUUCGCAGGUAGCACAGUCAGAUUACAGCCCAGUGAUGAGGCGUGCGAUAGUAUUGAUUGGUAUGACGGAAGGAUGCCGGCGGGAAGUCAGGGGAAGAAGUGUCAGAGGGAGACAAACUUGGAGUUGACAUUUUGUAAGGGACAUUGUUUGCCGAGCUGGUCACCCUGUGGUAUGAAUGCGCCUAAUGACACGAGGACCUGCUGCACACAUUGCAUUGGGAGUCAUCACUGUGUUGCGCCCCCGCCGCAGUAGUGAGGAGAGACGACGAGGGCGCUUACCAUAUGGAAUUGCUAGAAUGAUUCUCUCUAUGAAACUCAGCUUGAGAAUUUCUCCGAACUCGUAUCUGCAACCAUGACAACCAUCC